ACUCGAGAAGCUAGAGAAACUUUAAAAAGAUCAAAUAGGUCUUGGCGCCUAACAUGCCAGUGUUUCCAAGCCACCAGCGAGAUUAUUUCCUGUGUUCUCUGCUGGAUGGUGAGCGUACAUAAAAACGACUGCUUCUCGAGCUUCUUACAUUAAUUACAGCAGUGACCGACCUCCGUGCCAACGCGACAAAAACAGCUGUAAUGAAAACAAGAUCAAGAGAAUCUCAUGCUGAAUCUGUGACAACACAAACAGUGUAAUACCUGAAAAGUAUUUGUGCUCCUGUUUACAAUGCAGCCGGAGAUUUGUGGUCGUUUCCUGCCAGACGGUCUAGCAUUCAAUGACAACAAGGGCCCUGGCUAGACAGCAACUUUCAACUUGACCUUGGCCUCCAGCAGUGUGUAACUCACAUGUAAACGAGUUUUGGCAAAAUUGUGGGCUGGAUUUAAAAUCAUAUAUACCAUACUGAAAUGGGGAUGAUUUUUACAAAGUAGGAAAUGUUUGGUUGUAUUUGACAAUUUCACUGGCUCGAAUUGGUGUUAGUGACUGUGUAACAUUUUACCCAACGUACUGUUAAAAAAAAUGAAGAAAAUAGACACUUAAUACGUUUUGGUUCAUUAUUUAAAGCGGAUGUCUUGUUAGACAAAAGGGGGAAAUAGCGACAUAAGAAAUUAUUACUUUACUAACAAAACAGCUGUUGUUUCAGGAAACUACUGCAGUAAGGUUAAAUAAUUCGUUUAAAAACCUCACCAUUUAAAAAUGUGGUGAGUUGUCUGUAUUUUUGUGUUAUCUAUUUUUAUCUUAUUAUUUUUACUAGAUCUAUUUUAGUAGUGUGCAUUUAAUCUUGCAGUUAAGUUGUACACCUAUGAUGAAACAUAAUAUGCCACUUUUGCGCACAAGAGUGCAGCUUAGUUUCCCCUUUAUGCGUAAAGCUUAGCACCGGAAUCUUUUAGCAAUUUCUAACUAAAUCUCACUACUUUGUUUCAGUUAAGUGACGUAUAUUUGUCUGUGCUUGAUCGGCGUUAUCUCCAGUUGAGACGUUUAUCAGCCUCUUUGCAUGUCACGUGCCUCGGCUCGUCCAAUAGCAGUCGGAGCUGGACGCGCACAGAGGGCGCAUGGGUAUCUGUUACUCCAGAUCCACAGCUUCUCUUUCAGUCUUGGGGAAUACUAAAAGAGCUGGUAGGCUCCAUGUAGGGCGUGCUAUGACAGCGUCUUUACUCCUCCAUUCUCGCUGGAUUGACCCGGUGAUGUUUCUGUAUGACAACGGCUUGGAUGAUAUGAACAAAAACAUGGAAGGAUUUGUGGGAGGCAAUUUUGCUGCGAAUCAGUGCAGGAAUCUUAUUGCUCAUCCGUCUUCUUUGGCCCCGAGCACGACUUACACGUCGAGUGAGGUGCCCGGGUCGGGCAUGGGAGAACCUGUCAAACAAUGCAGUCCCUGCUCAGCUCAGAAUUCACCCGGUGCUUCUUUGCCCUAUGGAUAUUUUGGCGGCAGCUACUACCCAUGCAGGAUGCCAAAGUCCUGCACGCAGCCCACCUCCUAUGGGGAAAAAUACAUGGACACGUCUGUUUCUGGAGAGGAGUUCCCUUCUCGUGCUAAGGAAUUCGCCUUCUAUCAGGGUUAUUCGUCUGGCCCUUACCAGCCUGUGCCAAGUUAUCUUGACGUGCCAGUGGUACCUGCGCUGAGCGCCCCUGCGGAACCAAGACACGAGUCUCUUCUGCCUGUGGAGACGUACCAACCCUGGGCAAUUACGAACGGAUGGAGCAGUCCGGUGUACUGCCCAAAAGAUCAAACGCAGUCAAACACCCUCUGGAAAUCGUCUAUUCAAGAGAGCGUAUCGGCUGCUGAAGGAGCCUCAGUUCGUCGAGGAAGAAAGAAGCGGGUUCCAUAUACCAAGGUUCAAUUAAAGGAACUAGAACGAGAAUAUGCCACAAAUAAAUUCAUCACUAAGGACAAACGAAGAAGGAUAUCAGCUCACACAAACCUGACCGAACGACAAGUGACCAUCUGGUUUCAAAACAGGCGGGUGAAGGAAAAAAAAGUGGUCAACAAAUACAAGGGUAUCAGUUAAGAUUUGAAAAAUGUUAAAACUGAAAUACCAAUGUGGUAUAAAUGGAAGGACCUUCAACAUUAUUUAUUCUGAAACCCAUUCCAUCUUCGGUUCUACGUCAUGAGAUGCGCAGGAGUAAACGAAAAAUAUGUAUUUUACUUCUAUGUGUACAGACUGUCACGUCACGACAUUGGCACGGGGCAAAAUAAACAGUUCAGAACAAUGUACACAUAUUCACCACUUUUUAAUUCAUUUUCAUCUGUAAUGUCUUUAUAAGAAAGACCUGAAAGGAAUGUCAACUGCUUUCAACACAUUCACACAAUGUAAAAUAAGUAGAGACAAAACCAUAGCUGGGUAUGUAGCUUAUUUUUUAUUAAGAUAAGGUUAUUUUCACAAAAACAGAACUGUACAUUGGAGACUGUGGACUUGCACGCGGCGUAACUGAUGAGUCGAUAAUCUUAAAUCUUGUACACUAAAUAAUAGAUUACAUUUCUCCCCUUUUACACAGUGUAUUUGUAAAUAAAUAGCCGCUUCCAGGCAUCUUGCGAAAUAUACACAUUCCCCUGUGUUAUUGCAGAUAAUAUGCAAAUAAAACUUCCCAUAUCAAGUGAUAGACAUACACAUUUGAAUCGUGUUAAUUACUCACAAACCGUGUCAAAAUAUUUAAAACAGCAAAUCUAUUAUUUUGUUACAGUUUACAUUACAUUAAGUAGCCUAUACCUUGGCAAAUAGGCUGAAACAGAAAGUAAAUCAGCUCUUAAUCUGGGUUAUUUAAACAAAAUUAUUUUAUUUAUUUUAUUUUUAAAAAGAGUAAGUGUAAUAUUUCCCCCUUUUGCCAAUUUAUUGCUGCAAGUUAAAUCUAUCGUCUUGGAAAAUGUUUUCUAAAGUUUUUUCUACAGGCUUCAUGGUGCUGCCAUCUACUGUCAAAUAGAGGUCAUUGCAUUUUUUUACCAGGCUCAGUUAAUAUUUUCUAUCAAAUGUACUGCAGAAAAAAAUAAACAACAUAGAUAAUAUAAAUAAUAUAAGAAUACACUCUUAAAAAUAAAGUUUCCUAAAGUAUUCUCGAUCGGUGCUGUAUUUCAUUAAAGAACUUUAACAUACACAGAAUGUUUCUUUUGCAGAAUUUUUUAUUUUUUUUUUGUAGUGAAAAAGGUUUCCACUAUUAAAAAGUAGGAAAUAAAUGUUUAUUUUAAGAUUUGUUGACUGGUUCUUCUAUGGCACAGCAGUGAAGAACCCUUUAUUGAACCUUUAUUUUUAAGAGUGUCACGCUGUGUCUUCUAGACGUCUAUAUUUUUCUAUGACAAUGUCUCUUUUGUACACACUUACAACUACAUUGUAGAAAGCACUAACAUGCAGUUGCUAUUUUAACUUACCCAUAAAAUGACGUGGUUUAUAGUUGUAUUUAGGUUGAUUCAGAAACGUAUAAAACAAUAAAUAAAACCAGCUAUUUUAAAUAA